UUCCCUCCUCAGUUGUCACCCGUCAACAACAUCAGCUGAUAUUUUCCAGAGAUAGCUCAGGUAUCCAGGCAAGUGCACAGCUGAAAGCAACUGCUGUUAACAAGUUAUGGAGAAGAUGACACGAUAUGAACAGGUGAUUCAGCAGGCCAGAGAAGCGUUUCACUCUGGUCGAACCCGGGAUGUUGAGUUCCGCAAAAAGCAGCUAAAGGCCCUCAAGCGUAUGUAUGAGGAGAAUGAAUCGGUGUUCUGCGCUGCCCUUGCCAAGGAUUUGCAUAAGCCAAAACAGGAAAGUGUGCUGCUUGAACUAAAUCUCCUAAAAGAUGACAUCACACAUAUCCUUGCCAGGCUUGAUGAGUGGGCUAAGCCAGAAAAGGUAGGAAGGUGGAUGAUUUCUACUUAUUCUGAACCUGACUACAUGGCAUUUAUUGGUGUUGAAUUCCAUUUUCCAAGUACACCCCAACAUGAAUAA